AUGGCGGCAGAGGAGCAUCCAGUGUAUUCUGCUGAUGACCCUGAAGCAUCUCCUAACCCCAGUACAUUUCUUUUCACUCCUGAGUCACAAAGGAUUGGGCAAAGACUAGAAACUUUGCGUAGUAGCACUAACACCCAAUCCACAGCACUCUCUAUACAGGAUCGUACAAAUCUGUGCCAGAUAUUGGGGAAAUUUGACACUAGUGCUUCACCCAUAAGCCUCUCUAACAGAUUGGAAGCUGUAGUGAUGCAGUAUAAUUUGGGCAAUAGGGAUGCUUGUGCACUCCUUCGUGCAUGGCUCCCAUUGCAGCUGUGUGAAAAACUGCAGCCGCCAGUCAGUAUUCACAAAGGUCUAUCUCCUGAGAUUAACUCAAAUUGGGGAAACUCAGCGGAUAGAAUGAAGGAACUGCAACGCAUAAUGGGGGGAAGGGAUACUAGAGGUACAAAUGCCCUAGAAAAUGCCAAAUUUGGGAGGGGUGAUGACCCAGUCCUGUUUUGUAGUGAGUACUUGUCCCUGUAUAGGGCCACAUACAGUUGUCCUGAUAUGUCUCCUGAUGACAGCAGUUUUUUGUACUCUAUGGCUAAUAAAUGCACGUUUGUGGAUUGCCAUACGAAAAUUUCACUGAGGAAUGCCAGUACAUAUCAAACGUUUAUAAAUAUAUUAAGAGAUUGGAUUCAGGAGACCAAUCAAGACAAUAGGCCUCACAGGAGAAUCUCUGAAAUUAUUAGGAAUGAGGCAAAGGCUAGAUUUGGAGGUAGAUGCUAUAGGUGUGGAAAUACAGGACAUUUAAUGAAAGACUGUAAAAUGGCUAGAAGAUCCGCAGGAGAUAAAAAGGUUCCUUAUAGGAAAGAACAGCAGAAACCGGGAUCAGAUAAGAUGACAGCAGGACAGAACAAAGUACCUGAUGUUACACUAUAUGGUUCUCUUUUAAAAGAACUACAAAAUAUAGAAAAACGGGUGACAAACAUCCCGGAUGAAUUUAGAAUCCCACCUCCAACCAAUCCUUAUUGUAAAGCAUAG